GCCCCGCAGCGUCGCGCCCGCGCACGAGUGGCCGGCACCUUCUGAGCCAGCGGCACAGAGCCCAGGCAUCCCUGCCUUACGCCACUCCGGACACAGGUGGGACACUCUUCUAGUCCUCAACCCCUGGCGCGAGGCCACCCAAGGCAACGCAGGACGCAGGACGUUUGGGGACCGGGCAGCAGACUGGGGCGGUACCUGCGGAGAGCCACGCAACUUCUCCAGGCCUCCUGCUACUUUGGAAACUGCCUGGGGCUGCGACAUCAACCCCUUAAGUCCCGGAGGCGGAAAAGAGGGUGGGUUGGUUUGAAAGACACAAGGAAAAAAAAAUGUGUUGUAGGGCGGGUUAAGUUUCCCACCCUCUUUCCCCUUCCCGAGCAAAUUAGAAACAAAACAAAUAGAAAAGCCAGCCCUCCGGCCAACCAAAGCCCCAAGCGGAGCCCCAGCCCGAGCACUCCUUUAAAAGGAUUUGCAGCGGUGAGGAAAAAACCAGACCCGACCGAGGAAUCGUUCUGCAAAUCCAGGUGUACAUCUCUGAAGAAAAAUGUUGUGUCAGAGAUUCUACGUGGUUCUGUUACACUGGGAAUUUCUUUAUGUGAUAGCUGCACUUAACCUGGCAUAUCCAAUCUCUCCCUGGAAAUUUAAGUUGUUUUGUGCACCACCGAACACAGCCGAUAACUCCUUUCUCUCACCUGCUGGAGUCCCAGACAAUGCUUCGGUUCUGAAGGGGGCUUCUGAAGCAGUUGUUGAAGCUAGAUUUAAUUCAAGUGGUAUCUACAUUUCUGAGUUAUCCAAAACAGUCUUCCACUGUUGCUUUGGGAAUGAGCAAGGUCAAAACUGCUCUACACUCACAGACAGCACUGAAGGGAAGACACUGGCUUCAGUGGUGAAGACUUCAGUUUUUCGCCAGCUAGGUGUAAACUGGGACGUAGAGUGCUGGAUGAAAGGGGACUUGACAUUAUUCAUCUGUCAUAUGGAACCAUUACCUAAGAACCCCUUCAAGAAUUAUGACUCUAAGGUCCAUCUUUUAUAUGAUCUGCCUGAAGUCAUAGAUGAUUCGCCUCUGCCCCCACUGAAAGACAGCUUUCAGACUGUCCAGUGCAACUGCAGCCUUUGGGAAUGUGAAUGUCAUGUGCCGGUACCCAGAGCCAAACUCAACUAUGCUCUUCUGAUGUAUUUGGAAAUCACAUCUGCUGGUGUGAGUUUUCAGUCACCUCUGAUGUCACUGCAGCCCAUGCUUGUUGUGAAACCCGAUCCCCCACUAGGUUUGCAUAUGGAAGUCACAGAUGAUGGUAAUUUAAAGAUUUCUUGGGACAGCCCAACAAUGGCACCAUUUCCACUUCAAUAUCAGGUGAAAUACUUAGAGAAUUCUACAAUUGUAAGAGAGGCUGCUGAAAUGCUCUCAGCUACAUCUCUGCUGGUAGACAGCGUGCUUCCUGGAUCUUCAUAUGAGGUCCAAGUGAGGAGCAAGAGACUGGAUGGCUCAGGAGUCUGGAGUGACUGGAGUUCACCUCAAGUCUUUACCACACAAGAUGUUGUGUAUUUUCCACCCAAAAUUCUGACUAGUGUUGGAUCGAAUGCUUCCUUUCAUUGCAUCUACAAAAAUGAAAACCAGAUUAUCCCCUCAAAACAGAUAGUUUGGUGGAGGAAUCUAGCUGAGAAAAUCCCUGAGAUACAGUACAGCAUUGUGAGUGACCGUGUUAGCAAAGUUACUUUCUCCAAUCUGAAAGCCACCAGACCUCGAGGGAAGUUUACCUAUGACGCAGUGUACUGCUGCAAUGAGCAGGCGUGCCAUCACCGCUACGCUGAAUUAUACGUGAUUGAUGUCAAUAUCAAUAUAUCAUGUGAAACUGACGGGUACUUAACUAAAAUGACUUGCAGAUGGUCACCCAGCACAACCCAAUCACUAGCGGGAAGCACUGUGCAGUUGAGGUACCACAGGCGCAGCCUGUAUUGUCCUGAUAGUCCAUCUAUUCAUCCUACGUCUGAGCCCAAAGACUGCGUCUUACAGAGAGACGGCUUUUAUGAAUGUAUUUUCCAGCCAAUCUUUCUAUUAUCUGGCUAUACAAUGUGGAUCAGGAUCAACCAUUCUUUAGGUUCACUUGACUCUCCACCAAUGUGUGUCCUUCCUGACUCUGUAGUAAAACCACUACCUCCAUCUAAUGUAAAAGCAGAGAUUACUGUAAACACUGGAUUAUUGAAAGUAUCUUGGGAAAGGCCAGUCUUUCCAGAGAAUAACCUUCAAUUCCAGAUUCGAUAUGGCUUAAGUGGAAAAGAAAUACAAUGGAAGACACACGAGGUAUUCGAUGCAAAAUCAAAGUCUGCCAGCCUGCUGGUAUCAGACCUCUGUGCGGUCUAUGUGGUACAGGUUCGCUGCCGGCGGUUGGAUGGGCUAGGGUAUUGGAGUAAUUGGAGCAGUCCAGCCUACACGCUUGUAAUGGAUGUAAAAGUUCCUAUGAGAGGGCCUGAAUUUUGGAGAAAAAUGGAUGAGGACGUAACUAAAAAGGAGAGAAAUGUCACCUUGCUUUGGAAGCCCCUGACGAAAAAUGACUCACUGUGUAGUGUGAGGAGGUACGUGGUGAAGCAUCGUACUGCCCACAAUGGGACAUGGUCAGAAGAUGUGGGAAAUCAGACCAAUCUCACUUUCCUGUGGACAGAACCAGCACACACGGUUACAGUUCUGGCCGUCAAUUCCAUCGGUGCUUCCCUUGUGAACUUUAACCUUACCUUCUCAUGGCCCAUGAGUAAAGUGAGUGCUGUGGAGUCACUCAGUGCUUAUCCCCUGAGCAGCAGCUGUGUCAUCCUCUCCUGGACACUGUCACCAGAUGAUUAUAGUCUGUUAUAUCUGGUUAUUGAAUGGAAGAUCCUUAAUGAAGAUGAUGGAGUGAAAUGGCUUAGAAUUCCUUCGAAUGUUAAAAAAUUUUAUAUCCACGAUAAUUUUAUUCCCAUUGAGAAAUAUCAAUUCAGUCUUUACCCAGUAUUUAUGGAAGGAGUUGGAAAACCAAAGAUAAUUAAUGGUUUUACCAAAGAUGUUAUCGACAAGCAGCAGAAUGACGCAGGGCUGUAUGUCAUUGUACCCAUAAUUAUUUCCUCUUGUGUCCUACUGCUCGGAACACUGUUAAUUUCACACCAGAGAAUGAAAAAGUUGUUUUGGGAUGAUGUUCCAAACCCCAAGAAUUGUUCCUGGGCACAAGGACUUAAUUUCCAAAAGAGAACGGACACUCUUUGAAGUCUCUCAUGACCACUACAGAUGAACCCAAUCUACCAACUUCCCAACAGCCCACACAAUAUUAGAAGAUGUUUACAUUUUGAAGGAGGGAAGCAAACCUACACUAUGGUUUGAAUGACUAAGAAAUAACAUUUGAUGAGCUUAUUAGAGAAGUGUGUAUUUGUGGCCACAAUGUAGGUUUGAUGUAGUUCAGUUGGGGCAUAUGCUUGAUUUUCAGGGCAUCAGAAAUUUAAAGUUGAUAUUCAUGGACUCUGCUUUUUAUUUUUUAAGUCAUAAAAUGAUAAUGUGUGACUGUUGCUGUCAGAACCUAUUUUGUUACAGAUCACCAAAUAUGGUAGAUAGUGCCUUAACUAAGUGAACUCUAAUAGGCAACUUUUGACACACAGCUUUUCAAAACCUCCACAUACAAACUGCAGGGAAGGAAUUCCAUUUUUAUUUCAGCAGGCGAAAACUUCCAUAUUAGACUGCAUUAUAGUCACACAAAUUGAAUUUCAGCAUUCUCUUGAAUAACAUGGCUUUUAUGUACCAAACUUGGAACAGUUUAGGAAUUUCAGUGGUCGAUAGUCUUGAAAAUGGCUUAAGUGCUAACUUUCCUUUUAGUUCAAAGAAAGGCAGAAGUUGUGGUUUGUGCUGAUCACAGCUCAGUGGAAGCUAUUAGGAUAACCCUACAUACUCAGGUCAGAAAUCACUGGGAACUAUUUGUCUAACCUACACACUCAGGUCAGAGUGCCCAGAGCAGAAAAGAGUACCAACCUUCAUAAAUCUAGUUCAUUUCUACUAAAUCAGCCAAGACUUCUGGCAGACAGGGAAGUAUGAAGGAAAGGGAGACUUUCUGGUUGUACAAAUAAUUCACAGUGAGGAUAGGGUUUUUCUUCCUGAAACACAGAUCAGCUGCCAUGUCUGAAUGAUGUUAAUAUAGCAUAGGCUUUAUUACUUACAUUCAUACUAAACCAAACUGAUAGACACAAAUAACAUUUUAAUUUAAGAUAUGUGAGUCACAUAGAGGUGAUUGAUAAUUUUAUUUGGAUGACUAGUUUUAAAAAUUAAGACACCAGAAAGACUGUAUCCCUUCUUCUUCUUCAUUAACUGUUAACAGAUAUCAUUAUAAUAUAAAGUCCAACUGUGAACUUAUAAAGGUUAUUGUUUUCAAUUUUUCCACCAAUAGAGGGAAACAAAAUUUGAACAAAUAAACUUUUUAGAAGUUUCCUGACCACUGAUAAGAUACACAUGUGUUUAUAAAAAAAAGAAAAACAAACAAAACAUUACUUAGUGAAGCCUUCCCGAUGAAUCUGUUUAAGAUAGCAAUGACUUAUUCUAUAAUUAAUUAUUCAUUAAGAACCUUUAGGUAUCAUGGAGUAUAUGAAACAGAUCAUUUGAGGAAGACGCACGAGCUCAACUGUUCGCUCUGUGUGGUUUUGAUUUUUCCACAUUGGUGGAAUAAAGGUAAUGAGUGGAUCAGAUGCUGAGCUCAGUUAGUUUUGACCCAAUUUGAAGAUAUAUAAGUAGUAGAAGCACUAAGGGACAAAUAAAAUGUUUGAAAGAAAUCACAAAGGUUCUGUCGGACACAAAAUGGGAGUAGGAUCAUUUUUUUUUCAUUGUAUAUCAUUUAGUAACACUAUUUACCCUUCAGUAUUUUGACACUUUAUAGGUCUAUGCCAUUAUUGCUAUAUUUAGUGUUUGGCAUAUUUGUUCCUGUAUGGUUUUAAUCACUGCUAUACUUCAGUUAAGAGUUUGCAACAACUAUAUUUUUACAUGGGAUAUACUUGCCAUUGUGAAGAACAUUUGAGUGCACCACUAUCUCAGGCAAUAAUUCAGAAAUCCUUUCAAUCUUAAAACACAGUAACAUUCAAAGGCUAAGUUACAUGUACAAUCUGUAAAUUGAACACAUUUUCUAUUUAGUUGUGCUAACUACUCAAUGUGAUGUAUCUGCAGUAGUUUUCAUUUUGCAUUUUGAUGUGUUUAUGUUGUUUGUACUGAGCUUGUUGCACGCAGAUUUUUUAUUUGUAGCUGCUUGGCAGGAAUUCAUUGUUA